AUGCCGGAACUGCAUGAACUUACAGCCGCCGAGAUGGCGCGGCAAAUACGUGCUAGAGAGAUCAGCGCGGUGGAUGUGGCCGAGGCGCUGCUGGCGCGCACCGACGCGCUGGAAUCGCUGCAGGCGUGGGUCUACAUCGACCGCGAGACCGUGCUGGCGGACGCGGAGCAGCGGCAGCGGGAGCUGGACUCCCUGCCCAAUCCGGGUCCGCUGCAUGGCGUGCCGGUGGGCGUCAAGGACAUCUUUUACACUGCCGGCAUCCCCACAAACAGCUGA